UUAUAAAUAUGUUACAUUCUGUCAAAUUUCGACACCUGGUAACAAAGACGGAAACCAAAUUAACUAAUAUUUGCAGGUGUGCACUUGCCUCGAAACGAUUUUUAAAUUCGAAUUCAGGAACAUAUAAAGAGGCAGUAAAAUAUGACAAAGGCUCGAAACUUCAUGGAUACACAAUUCUAGAGUCAGUGGACGUUCCAGAAUAUCAUGCCACAGCGACUUUGUUACGACACAAUCAAACAGGUGCUGAGCAUUUGCAUGUCUAUCGAGAUGAUCAAAAUAAUGUCUUUAGUGUUGGUUUUCGUACAACACCACUGGACAGUUCAGGCGUACCCCAUAUACUUGAGCAUACUGUUCUAUGCGGUUCGAAAAAGUACCCAUGUAGAGAUCCAUUCUUUAAAAUGUUAAAUCGUUCACUUUCUACAUUCAUGAAUGCGUUUACAGCCAGUGAUUGGACGAUGUAUCCUUUCUCCACACAAAACCAUAAAGAUUAUUUCAACUUGAUGUCUGUUUAUCUUGAUGCCACAUUUCAUCCGAAUUUAAAGGAAUUGGAUUUCAGACAAGAAGGUUGGAGAUUGGAACAUUCUGAUCUACAGGACAAGUCAUCUGAUAUCAUGUUUAAGGGUGUUGUGUUCAAUGAAAUGAAAGGUGCUCUGUCAAAUGCAGAGUCGUUGUAUCAUACAUAUCACCAAUCACUUUUACUACCUAGCCACACGUAUGGUUUUGUAAGUGGCGGUGAUCCUCUUCACAUACCAAAUUUAACUUGGAACACAUUAAAAGAUUUUCAUGCUUCACACUACCAUCCCAGCAAUGCGAAAUUUUAUACUUACGGUAAUUUUCCACUUGAGGAGACGUUAUUAAAGGUAGAGGAUGUCUUAAAAAAUUUUCAAAGCAUAUCCCCAGGAACUGAAAUACCAGUUGAACCUAAAUGGACCAAGCCUAGACAUUCAACUAUAACAUGUCCACCAGAUCCAUUAGCUGCUGAUCCCAACAAACAAACUAUUAUAUCUGUUAGUUAUAUGUUGAACUAUAUUGAUGAUCCAUUUGAAUAUUUUGUACUUGGAAUGUUGUCAGCGUUGUUAGUAUCAGGUCCAAACUCUCCAUUCUAUCAAGCAUUAAUCGAACCAAAUAUUGGAUCAGACUAUUCUCCAGUGAUUGGCGUGGACACACAUACAAAGAAUCCAACAUUUGCUGUUGGCUUACAAGGUAUAGAUAACUCAGAUUGUGACAAAGUUGUUGGCAUUAUUGAUGAAACCUUCCGGAACGUGGUUAAUGACGGUUUUGAUGCAUCAAGGAUUGAAUCAAUAUUGCAUGCAGUAGAGUUAUCUAAAAAACAUCAAAGUAGCAACUUUGGAUUGGGGCUGAUCAUGGCUCUGUUUCCAUCAUGGAAUAAAGAUCAAAAUCCAUUAUCUCUUCUAGAUACAAACACUCAAGUUAAACGUUUUAGGGAAACUCUGGAGACAAAUCCAACAUUUCUGCAAGAUAAAAUACAGGAAUACUUCAUGGAUAAUACUCAUCGACUAACUUUGGUGAUGAAUCCAGAGACUAAUUACAAUACGAAAAAAGAGGAAGCCGAACAGAUAUUAUUAGAAGAAAAAAUUAAUGCUUUGACAGAUAAAGACCGGGAUGAUAUUUAUCUGAAAGGGUUAAAGUUAGAUGAACUUCAGAAUACGGUGGAGGAUGUAUCCUUUUUACCAAAGGUGUUAGUUUCAGAAAUCGAUAAAUCUGUCAAAACUACCGAAAUAAAAAACAGAAUGACAGGAAAUAUACACAUCCAAACUUGUGAGCAACCAACCAAUGGAAUUACGUAUUUUCGAAGUAUUGCAACCACGUCAUCUAUACCUUACAUACUCAAACCGUUUCUUCCACUCUUUUGUAGCGUUUUAACAAGGUUAGGUGCAGGUGGACGUGACUACAAGCAGCUUGCACAAGAUAUUGAGCAUACAACUGGAGGAUUGAAUUGUUCACCGCACCUCGUUCCUCAUCAUUCAGACGAAGACUCGUUUGAGCAGGGCAUCCUUAUUUCAUCUCAUUGUCUUGACAGAAAUAUACCUAUGAUGUUUUCCUUGUGGCAAGAUAUUUUGACGGAACCGCAGUUUGAUAAUCCUGACCGUUUGCGUACGCUUAUAAAUUCAUAUGCAAGCGAUCUGGCCAUGUCAGUCGCACAAUCUGGUCACGUAUACGCUAUGGCUGUCGCAGCUAAGAACUUAACUCCAUCAGCACAAAUUGCAGAACUGUUCGGCGGUUUAUCACAGGUGGAGUUUAUGAGAGAGGUUGCUGAAAAAGAGUCUGUAGAUGAUGUCAUCGAAAGUCUGAUGAAAAUAGCGACGUACAUGCUGAAUGCAAACGAGAUGAGGUGUUCAUUAAAUGCAACCAGUGAGUCGAUGCUUGAUUCUGAUGUUGGAUUGGACGGCAUGCUAUCCUCUCUAAAUGUCGUAGGAUUUGAUGACCUGGAUGUAAUAGAGGAUUUAGACUUUAACGCAAAAAGCCAAAACACAUUUAUUGAAAUGGAUUUUCCAGUCAAUUAUGUGAGCCGGUGUGUUCGGGCUGUUCCAUAUACACACAAAGACCAUGCCAGUUUAAAGAUACUGGCCAAAAUCAUAUCAUCAAAAUUCUUACAUAGAGAGAUAAGAGAAAAGGGUGGUGCGUAUGGUAGCGGUGCAAAAAUUGAUGGAGGUGUUUUCUCGUUCUUCUCAUACAGAGACCCGAAUACAACAGCAACAUUAAACGCGUUCGAUGAAUCCGUCAUGUGGGCUGGCGAUGGUAAAUUUACUGAUGAAGAUAUCGAGGAGGCAAAACUAUCUGUUUUUGCAGCAGUAGACAGUCCAAUAUCACCAGGUAACAAAGGCAUGGCAUUGUUUAAGUAUGGUUUAACUGAUGAACUACGACAAGAUAAUCGAGACAAAUUGUUUGCAGCUAGCAGAAACAGUAUAAUUGAUGUCGCACAAAGAUACCUUCUGCCUGGCAAGCAAGUAGAUUGCAAGGCUGUUAUUGGUCCCAAAGAUGAGACUCUAAUCCAAUCAGACACGUGGAAGUCUCCAAUGAAAAUUGAGCUGCCGUCAUGAUACAAUGGUAUGAAACAUGCACGAAAGGGAUUAAUAUUCAACUGUGUGACCUUCUGAAGUUUACCGAAAAAAUUAUUCAAGCAGCUCUAAAAAAAAUUCAAAAUCGAAAAGUUUUGGAUUUCUCAAACAUAGAACUUAAGCUUUUUAUAUUUUUAGUGAAGAGAAUAUUUUAGAACUGUAUUUUGUACUAGAAAAGAAACCUAAAUUCUAUACGCCA